GAGCGCGGGCUUUAAACCUGCGGCUCGCGGGCAGAGCAGCGUUACGUCAUCAGCAGCGCGAGCCAUAAAAAGCCGAGGAGGAGAAGGAGAAAGAGAGAGAGAGUGCACCACUCUAAACCUGGAGAACCCGCAGAGUCCUGCACGACAUGGACAUGUACACCAAAGAGCUCCACAAACCCAGACGCUGCGUCUUCAGGAACAUAAAGGUUUUUGUCCUCUGCCAGGGUCUGCUGCAGCUCACCCAGUUGCUCUUCAGCGCUUACUUCAAGAGCACCAUCACCACCAUCGAGAGACGCUAUGGCCUUGACAGUCUGUCCUCAGGAACCAUCUCCUCCCUCCAUGAGGUGGGGAAUGCGGUCCUGAUAGUGUUUGUCAGUUACCUAGGAAGUCGUGUCCACCGCCCUCGGGUCAUCGGAUUGGGUGGCCUUCUGAUGACCAUCAGUGCUCUGAUCCUGGCCCUUCCACAUUUCCUGUCCCAGCCCUAUAAUUACAACUCUGCCCUGAAAGCGAGCAGGCAGGACAUGUGCGAUAAUUACACCCUGCAAGAGAAUGCAUCCACUCCUAGGAGUUGUAGUAAGCAGGACAGUCUCAUGCUUGUGGAUAACACUAAGCCGUGGGUGCUCAUGGCCACAGCCCAGCUACUGUUCGGAAUCGGCUCCGUCCCAAUCCAACCCUUCGGAAUCUCAUAUGUGGAUGACUUUGCUGGGCCUGGAAACUCGCCUCUGUACAUCGCCAUUCUCUUUGCCAUGGCUGUGUUCGGGCCUACAUUCGGCUACCUCUUGGGUUCUGUAGUCCUGAGAAUAUAUGUGGACGUGGACAAAGCUGACGCAGUGGGAGACAAAGAGCUGAGCCCUAAUGACCCUGUCUGGGUUGGCGCGUGGUGGAUGGGUUUGCUGAUCUCUGCAGGGGGAUUGGCUCUCACCUCUUUUCCAUACUUCUUCUUCCCAAAAGCCAUGCAUGUCGAGAAUGAGAUUAGAAGUGAGGGUGAAGUUUUGAAGGACAACCACAAGAAUUCUGAUGUCUCCUUGCUGGAUUUCCUCAAAAUGUUUCCACGGCUCUUUGUGCAGUUGUUGCUGAGUCCACUCUUCUUGCUGCUGGUUCUGACUCAGUGCUGUUUCUCCGCUGUGAUGGCUGGACUUGCCACUUUCCUCAGCAAGUUUCUGGAGCGGCAGUAUAGCACCUCCGCCGCAUAUGGCAACCUGCUGAUUGGUGCUGUGAAUCUGCCAUCCGUGGCUUUUGGGAUGUUACUGGGGGGUGUGAUUAUGAAGCGUACAGGCCUGUCACUCAAAGCCAUCCCUCGAUUCGCCGUAGUGUUCCUCUCUAUCUCAGUGCUUCUCUGUAUCCCACUGUUCUUCAUGGGCUGUCCCACCCAAACUGUGUCUGGUGUUUACCCCCAUAAAGGAGAUCACGGGCCAGUCCUGACCUGCAACACAAACUGCUCCUGUCACAAGAGUGUCUUUAACCCAGUAUGUGGAGCUGACAACAUCGAAUACAUUUCACCCUGCCAUGCUGGCUGCACCAACUAUACCCUGGACUCCAGUGGUUUUCGAGUCCAGUCCUUCAGUAACUGCAGGUGUGUCAUGGCGGGUGCUGGUGAGGGCAGUGCCCGGCCAGGCCCAUGUGCCAACAGCUGCCCACACCUGCUCCUCCCGGUCAUCUUCCUCAUCUCUGUAGCAGCCAUGAUAGCCAGUCUCACACACAACCCUAUCUAUAUGAUGGUGCUCAGAACAGUGCCUCCGGAGGAGAAGUCUUUUGCUAUUGGAGUUCAGUUCCUGCUCAUGAGAGUUCUUGCAUGGCUGCCUGCCCCAGCCCUAUUUGGGGUGACCAUUGACUCCACAUGCAUUUGGUGGAGAAGCGUCUGUGGAACGAAGCUGGGCUGCGGUUACUAUGACAACAACCUCCUUAGAAACAGAUAUCUUGGCCUGCAAGUGGCUUUUAAAGUCAUGGGUAUUGCCUUGAUGGGUGUGAUAGGCUGGAAAGUUGGAAGAACUCAUGAAUACAGUCUGGAGAAGAGGCCUGAGGGACCGAUGUGAUGCAGUCUUCUAUCAGCACACAUUCUGCAGGAGACACAUGUCUCUGAGGGCCCUCUGCAAGCCCAAAAACAUGGACACCUCUUAUCAGAAACCAUCUCCAUUCAAGGCCCUGCUGAAAGGGCACUGCCCUCACGGUUGGAUGGACGGAUGUUAUUUUUACCUUCCAUUUUGCACUGACUAGCAGCCAUAGCCUGUACAAACCCUCCAUAAGGGCGAGCCAUACUGGACCUCGGGACUUAGUGCCAGUUUUUCCCCAUUCACUGGUUUAUGAAAAGAUCAGUGACAUACAUUUGUCAAGAUUUGAAAUCUUCGGUAGACUUGCAGCUUCAAAUAAAGCAACUGAAGUACUAUGUUGUUGGUUGGAAAGCCUUAAGUGACCACUCAUUUGCCAAAAAAACAUUUAGAAGGAAAUGUGUCCUGUACUUCAGUUCAGCUGUGCUAGAUGCAUUUGGUGGGUUCCUGAUUAGAGGGAUAUUUUGUCAUUGUGUCUUCUCCAGUAGCUGGAUAUGUGAAGAAAAACUGAUGUAAGUUGCAAUGUCCAGUGAAAACACACAAUUAUGUGUUAAAUCUGUUGUCUGUUUGUGUCAUAUGUCAGAGUUAGACUAUUUAAGAUGUCCUGCAAAAACCAGAGCAAUAGAAAUUUUACUGUGUUACUGUCAACAUAUUUUAUAAGAAUGGGUGUCUUCAGAUUUGUAAAUAUAUAUUUUUGUACAUGAUAUAAAAUGUUUUAUAAUAUAACCUUAAUUUGCACAUAAACUGUUGUAAUCAAGCCUUAUGUAAGCACUUUUUCAUGUCCGUUUUUUUUAUUGGGGGUGGCACCAUACUACUCCACACUUAGCCUAUCACAGCAGUAUCAUACAAUAUAUAAUGUUUAUAUAGAAGCACCUAAAUUAUUUUUGAAGACAAUAAAAUUGAUGUAUAGUAUCA